AAGUUUGGUGGGGAUAGAUACUGACCAGACGGCCGCUUCGCGGAGCCCGCGGAGGCAUAGCGUUCACUCGUUCAGUUGCUCGCGUUAGCUCGAGGUGUGCGGUGACUACGACUUGAAUAGCCGGUACUGGCAAUAGUAUAGUGAAAUAUUACCGAGGAUCAGAGAGUUCAUCAAGCAUAGUUGGGUGAUCGAGCCGAUACUGAUCGGAUGUCUUCGAAAGACACAGAUCGGCGCACUUGGUGCAUCGAGUGGCAUACGCGAUCACCACGCAAGAUCUAGUGGACCUUUAUUUCGAGUUUCUCAUCGAAGCAGCCCGAGUCAAGCGCAUCGAAUCUUCAUCCGGACGAUCGUAUGGGAUAAGCGAGUGGACGACCAGCGACGAUCGCACCGCGAGCAGUGAACUCUUGGAUACUUGGUUUCGCCAAUCUCUGGAAACUGGACCGUGGACGACCAGCGACGACCUCACCGCGAGCAGUCAACUAUUGGACACUUGUUUCCGCUCUCUGGAAACUUGUUCGGAUUGGCUGGUGCAGUGGCAACCGAGGCACGGAGAGGAGAACGCCGGGGAAGUACCAACACGCUCCGUUUUACUCGCGCUAGCGCCGUCAACGGGAGAGGAGCAGCGGAGAGCGGUGGAGCGGCAAGGUGUAGAGCAGCCUUGCUUCGACGGAGGGCAGUGGUGUGCAGGAGAGGGAGAAGAAGUGCGAAAGAGAGAGAGAGAGAGAGAGAGAGAGAGAGAGAGAGAGAGGAGGUGGUGGUUGUAGCCGCCCGACCGACCGACCGAGUUGUUUCAUUCAUAAAAAAGUUCUUUAUUACUCUCUGUGAGCGCAUGUGCUAUUCCACCACGGAGGAGGAACGAGUACUACUACUCCCCCGACCGGCUGCGACGGCGUAACCGCGUUUACACACGGUAUUAUUUACUACUGUGCGAGAUACGAAUCGGCGCCACUCGCCGUACUGCCAGCGCGGCGUACGGACCGUUCCGGUUUCAUCUCCGCGCUCGUGCUAGUUACCGUCGCGUCCGCCGUCCGUCGAGAAACAUAAUGCGUGCGCGAUCGAGUCCGUAAUUUUGUACAUUUUUUCGCGAUUCGGGAACAGAGACAGUCAAAUGGUGCACGUCUGAAAAUCGGUCGAGAUCGAGUCAUCGAGUGAAAAAGGCAAGAGAAUCAACGAACGGAGGGAUCGUUCUAAUGUCAAAGGGGACAAUUCUGGACGGCAACCUGGAUCAAUCACAGGAAGCGGCCGUAGAUCUCUCCCCGGAAGCUACGGGGGGAGCUACGGAUCGGAGAGAUCGUAGACACGCUCGCGAGCGUAUCACUCGCCCCCCCUCGCAACUUGUGUCACCCUUUCCAACUUACAACGGCGUAACUAUUGCCAGAUACGAACCUUUGAACGUCAGCGACCCUGGUCCAAGCACAAGCCAACCGUCUAGGCAAAGAAUUCGAAACGAAACGCGGACCGCGGGCAAACGACCAUUGAGGGCAACGACACCUCAAGGUAAAAUGGACGCAAUCACCAGAGUUCAUGCAGGCGAAUCCAAGGCCGCGGUAGCACGUGACAUCGGCGUACCCGAGUCGACACUUCGCGGCUGGUGUAAGGCCGAGGACAAGAUUCGCACGCAACUAAACAACGUGAGAACUACGGGAGCCUAUGACCAAAUUUUGACGUCCAGUUCGGACAACAGCAAUAACAGUCCGGCGGAAUCGUCGGCACGGUCAACGCCGACCAAUCACGCAGUGGGACCAUCGAUUUGUGGAGCAGAGAGAAUGGUCGACGAUUUUGAGCCGCCUCUAAAGCAGGCAAGACUGGACACCAAAAAUUUAACGACAUUUGGAUGUACAGUUCCCAUGAGUAACAUGACGACAUCGUCUCAAGGAUCUGCACUAAAUUUUGAAGACCCUAUUUAUAAACCACUUCUUUUAGGUAUGAUGGCUCACGAUCCAAAUUCCUUACAUCUAUUUAACACGCUCGUGAAGGCAUCAGAGCAUUCUAUGCCGUUUUUAUCCGGAUUCCCAAUGUCUGAAAAUAAUAAGCUAUUAGCCGAAAUGAUUCGGUUAAGCAGCAGUAAUGGGAUGGCUCCCGUUACUCCGAAGACGAAAGUGUCGACUACUAACGACGUGCCAGUCAACGGCAGGAGAAAACAUAACGCCAUGGGACGUGCAUCAGUCACGGAGAUGGCAGCGAAAGCCACCACGAGGAGACGGAACAGCCAAUCGCCGAAUACGGAGAAACCGUUCGGGAACACCUUUCAACAGACAAACAGUCGAAUGUCUCCCUUGCCAUCAACGUCGAUGAACAACGGCGGUGUGAACGCGAAUGCUUCUGCAAAAUCAGCCAAGUGCGGUAAAAACAUUAACGAUAUAGUAAACCUGCUAGCACAACAACAAACACAACAACAGGCCCGAGGGGCCGCACCGCCUGUGCAAGAGGCCGCACCGCCUGUGCAAGAGGCCGCACCGCCUGUGCAAGAAGUCGCACCGCCUGUGCAAGAGGGAGAAAUAUUAGCCACUAAUGCGGUGAAUAACAACAAUAAUAUCAACCAUGCAAAUGGAUAUCCGCCGGGAAUUAAUGACAUGAAAGAGUAUUGUAACAAACUCAUAGAUUGGUUGGAACGUUAUGGGACUGCUGUCUGUACCUUCCACCAAAUGGAUCAAUUGAAGUCAGUUUUGCACAACCUGAUGAACUGGGAGAACGUAAAUGCUAGGAGGAACGCGAAUGGUGCGAGCUAGCUGAAGCAGCGGAGAAAAUGAA